AUGAGGAACCGAAGACAGGAGAGCAAAAACCAGGAGGUUGGUUGUUGCCUUCCCAUAGCCGAUCCUUGGCUGGCCAUGCAAAUGUUGCUGGGCCGUGGAGAAUCGAAAAUGGCCGCCUCCCACCGCUCAAAGGAUAUUAUAUCUUCUCUCCUGGAGAACGUGCUGGGGUCGUGGGACUCCAGUCAUUGUUCUUCGGGGUCCUCCCACCAUCUCUGCGUCAUCCUCAACCAACAAGAAGAAACCGAUCCUUGUAUAUCAUUAGUAAUAGUCUACUAUACUAUCAACCGGCACUACGAUGCUGCGGUUGCGUCAAGACACGUUUCCAUCCGGAGCUACAUCAUCCGGGACAGGUUAAUGGCCACAAUGAGUAGGAGUGUCAGCAACCAAUUGCUAUUCCGCGCCUUCGUCCCUCCAAUUGGAGAAGAAGUGGACAUCGAUGACCCUUCAAUAAGUGUCCAUCUCCCACGAUACACCUCAGCUAUAAUCAGGGCCGGCAGAGGUCCUUUGAAGAACAAAAAGCAGCAGGACACUUAUGCCCUUCGCCCUUAG